UGUUUGGCACUGCGAUUCUCUAGGUGAUUAUUCGCAUUUUAGUCAAAAUGUUCGACAAGAUACAUCAACAUUUUUGAGAGGAAUUCAGUUGAGUAAUCGUCAAGGUGAAGCUAUAUUUGACACUAUUUAUCCUGGAUGGUAUCCGGGUAGAGCUAUUCAUGUACACGUUAAAGUUCAUGUUGGUGGAUCAAUUACAAAUUCUAGUGGUACAUAUAUGGGUGGACAUGUGUCUCAUAUUGGACAGUUGUAUUUUAAUGAAACUCUGACAGAUCAAAUUAGUCAACUAGCGCCCUACAACACGAGAAGAGGAGAAAGACUGAGAUUAACAAAUGAUUUUACAUAUACAAGACUAAAUGGAUCAGCAGCUAUGGUCAAUGUUCAACUGAAAAAUCAGGCGAAUAAUUUAAGUGGAGGUAUUAUUGGGCAUGUAACACUUGGAGUUGAUUCAAAACAAACAGUUCAAGCAGAAAUGGAUUUUGGUAUGCGACCACCGCGUCCUGGACAACGACCACCGCCACGACCAACUCGUCCUUAG